UGUAUGUUAUCCAAAUGCAUUCUUCUAGAGUUUCUGGAUAUUUCAUAUUGUAAAACGGUUACUAGCAUAUGAAUGCUUGAUCCAUUGGACCAGCUUAAGCAUUUGGUUGUGGAUAGCUGCCCUGAACUGCAAGAGAUAGAGAUGAACUGUUGUCUAACAACAUUCAAGUACAGUGGUACCAUGGUUCCAUUGAUAUUUGCUUCAACAUCCAGACUGAUAAAUAUCAGUAUUGUGUUCUUGGCAUAUGAACCUGCUCUUUCCUACAUCGUCACCGGAUUCCCGAGUACUUUGCCAAGGCUCGAGACUAUGACCUUACUUUGUGGAGAGCAUGAGAGGACUAUUGUACCUGAAGGACCUUUCAAAUUUACUUAUCUUCGAAAUCUGAGGUUGGAAUUAGUUCUCACUGGCCAUGAAAAUGUCAGAAAUACUGAUGUCCUUGAUUAUGCUCAUCUUCUGAAGAUAGCUCCUUUCAUGGAAACCUUGGAGUUGUCUAUGUGGAUAACGAGCUGCCGGCAUCAGCCGUAUCGCGAAGAGGAUGGCGAGCUGAGGAUGGGGCCUCCACACCAGCACGCCCAUCUCAAAUCCGUUCGCAUCAGUGGUUUCUUUGGCCACAAAGACCAGGUGGAGCUCGCGCUCCACAUCCUUCGCAUCUGCACCAUGCUCGAGAAGAUGGAGAUCACCCCAAAGCUAGAGAUAAGCGACGAGCUCGCGUUAUUAGAGUAUCGCUACGAGGAGCAGCAGCACGUCGACGGCCAUCGAGUCGCCACCGAGUUCGUUUGCAAGGAAGACCAUCGCAAUGUGGUUAGUGUGGAAAGGGCCACGCCGUUUUGUUGGGAGACCCACGAGGCAACCGUUGAAGAGAGGCUGCUAAAACGGAGAAGGGUGGAGUAGAUUUGCGUAGAAUGCUCUUGUGCUACGACGACAGUGUCAAAUUUGUUAUCAAAUGUGUUCAGUUUAGUUUUGUACUAGUACUAGUGUAUCAACAAAUGCAUAAUCAAGCUUCUUGUAAACGGCUCUCAUGUUCAACUUUGGCUUUAGCUAAUGCCUCAGCCUCUAGCUGCAUUAAGAGGUGUAGAGGAACUCCUAAGCCGCAAGUUCAGUUUGAUUUAUUUUCUAUUGUUAAUUGUAGUAACUUAUCCGUU